CUUCGCUGUAAGCAUUCACGUGACCUACAGAAUCGUCUGCCAUCGCCGAGUAUGCAUCCAUAAAUCUGCUUUUCAAGUUGCAUUAACAUCAGUAAAUCCACAUGAUUCUUCGCUCAAUCCACCGCAUCCUUUAAUUUCGACCCUCUUCAACUUGCGACAGCCAUCUUUGCAAUACCCCUUAUGAGCGUUAGACAUUCACUGCCAACUGCACUUGGGACUUUGAACAUUCUGCAGGAUUCGCAGCACGUACCGUGGUUGGCGUGUGCGUCAUCGCCGAGUUUCGAAAGUCGGGGCGGGGGAAGGGGCCGGCCCCCGCCGAUCAAUUCGUGUCAUUGCUGCCGCUGCGUGUUUGCUGCUCGUGUGCUACUCUCGCCCCUAUCAGAGUGUGAAGGAUCAAUUCCACUGAUCAGAGCCGACUGUGCAAGAGAUAUCGACAAUCCCGAAGCCGUUGUGUUCUACUCGCCAGAGUACGAGGAGAGCCUCCUGAUGAAGUACCUGGGUGAGUCCCCUGCUGGUGAGAGUGUGGAUGAGUGUAGCGCGGACUUCGCCAACUACGAUCCGCUUGUCUCCGACUCGUGCAUGAUGCCCAGCUAUGGAAACAUCGAUCCCACACAUUCGCCUGUUUCUCUGAAUGGAGCUGCUCUAUUCUAUGAUGAAUUGGCCGAUGGCACAGUUACGCCAAAACUAGAGGAAUACGAAGAAAAAGAGGAGAAGCCUCUCCACAAUUCCGUGCGCUACGAUCCGAUCCAGAAGCAGUCUCGACGAGGCCGCCCCAUGAAGGUUACCAGCACAUCCAAGAUGGCCAAUUAUGCAAGGAAUUAUCGUGAGCAGAAGAAGAUGCAGCUUGCCACUUAUGAAGCACAGGUCAAGCAGCUAACUGAAGAAAACGAACAUCUUCGAGCCGAGAAUAAGCGAUUGACUGAAGGAUUUGAACGACUUAGUAGGCAGAAAAUUUUAUGGAGAAUAAUCGGUCCGGUAUGGGUUAGCACGCCAUCGGUCCUGCCUGAGUGGAGCGGUAUAGCGCUGUUAAGAUUGAGCGGUUCUUUGGCUUAGUGGGCCCUCUGUGCCACGCGGGGCAUCCGUGUGUCAGCCGUACGAUCGUAUCGUUGUCGGUGCAUAGAGUUCCCUUCGUCUUCAAGUUCAUGUCGGCAAGGUCGAUGGCAUUUGUCUCUCGUGCAAACUGGUUCCUGAAGCAUGACAUCAUCAUUGUUCAGUACACUGCGAAUAAAUUGUCUACU